GCCUUUGCUUUCAUCGGAGAAUGUGUUGAUUAAGGUUUUUUUUUGUAUGUCCCGUUUCAAUGAUUAGUGGUUUUUUUUUCUCUGUCUUGUACUUGAUUCACAAAAACUAAUCUACACUUUUGAGUAUUGGUGAGACAAAUAGGAUAUAUAAACAGAAGGAAGUAUCAUCCCGGAACAGUGUAUAUUGUUCAAACUGUGUUCAAACUCAAAAACGAAAAUGAUGUCCAAACUACGGAUAACAUUGAUUGCUAUAGUCGCAAUCAUACUUUUUGAUCAGAUUGCGGCUAAUCCGCCAGAAACAGAGGAUCUUGCUGCUUUGGAAAAGUGGAAGACUGAAUGUGAUGCGUCAGGCGAUUUCACACCAAAGGAGGAUACUGUAACAAGGUUAAAAAAUCUACAAAGGUGGCUAAGGAAACAAAAGAAACCUAUUGAAGAAAAGUCUGCAAAACUAUUAGAUUGGUUAAAUGAGAACAAGAAAUCAAUCAAGAAAGUGUUGGGGGCUACAGCAAAGGCUACAGGAAAGGCUGCAGCAAAGGCUGUACCAAAGAUUGAUUGGGAUUUCAGUUGCUGCAGCUGCGAAGGAGGAUGUGUUCUCGAUGACAUUCUAGAUUAAUAUCCAGUUUUCCGUGGCUAAAGCAAUUUGAUGAAUUAACAUAAUUUGUUUAAAUGAAUUUACAUGAUUAUCCGAUGUAUUCAAAUAAAACUAGCGCAUUUUCCAUCAGUUACGUAACAAGCAAAUUACAAAAGUAAAAAUGAUUCCCUAGUAAAAAUACUAUAUUUAUACCUCUCAAUUAACUGUGAAAAUCUAUGUUUCGAC